CGAGUUCGUUCGUUCGUUUGCGUUUGCUUUUGACCAGUUUGGCGUUUCGUUCAUGUCGUUCCAGUGCAUACGGACUUUUAUUCGGCAGGAUUAGAAUUCUUGCGUGAUAUUGUGCUGUGCAACUUCGAUCCCUUCUUUUAGUUUUUAAUUUGCCGGAUCAUUGUUUACCGAGUGUAUCCUCCGUGCGGCAUAGAAUGGCAACAAGUUUGAAGUGAUCACUGUUCUGUUUGCUAUCUCAAUAUUCUCGAAACGUUUUGUUCAGUGCCGUGGUUCUGUCAAUCCGCGUUGACAGAAUAUUAUCUUUGUGAAAGUUUACUUUUGAUCCAUCUCCGUUCUCUCUCCCAGUAACACGCGAGUUUCGGCACAUUUUAGUGGCCACCGAGUGCUUCACUGAUUGUUGUGAUUCUCACCUGUGAUUUUGGAAUACUUACUUUCAGUGUGUUGAUUUAUUCACAAGAUGUCUGAAGAAAUCAACGAAAACGGAACCGGGAACGGACAGGAUGUUCCUGAAAUUGAGCUUAUCAUCAAGGCGUCGACGAUCGACGGGCGACGCAAAGGAGCCUGCCUCUUCUGCCAGGAGUACUUCAUGGACCUCUUCCUUCUGGCCGAGCUCAAAACAAUCAGUCUCAAAGUAACCACAGUCGACAUGCAGAAACCCCCGCCAGAUUUCAGGACCAACUUUGAAGCAACCCAUCCUCCAAUCCUAAUCGACAACGGCUUAGCGGUCCUGGAAAACGAAAAAAUCGAACGACACAUCAUGAAGAAUGUUCCUGGCGGUCACAAUCUAUUCGUUCAAGACAAACAAGUUGCCACCCUCAUUGAAAACCUCUACAGUAGACUAAAGCUGAUGUUACUGAAGAAAGAUGAUAGCUCCACGAACGCCUUACUAUCCCACUUGCGCAAAAUCGAUGAACACCUAGGCAAAACUGGAACAAGGUUUUUGACUGGUGACACCAUGUGUUGUUUUGAUUGCGAACUGAUGCCUCGCUUACAGCAUAUUAGAGUUGCAGGCAAAUACUUUAUGGAAUUCGAAAUCCCAACCAGUCUAACGUAUCUGUGGCGCUAUAUGCUGCAUAUGUACCAGUUGGAUGCCUUCACACAAAGUUGUCCAGCAGAUCAAGAUAUUAUCAAUCAUUACAAACUUCAACAAGGGAUGAAAAUGAAAAAACAUGAAGAGUUGGAAACGCCCACAUUCACUACAUCAAUUCCAAUCGAUAUUUCAGCCUCAGAUUAAACACUGUUACCCCAUUGAACGUGUGAAUCGUUUACGUAUUUUGUUUUUUUCUUGAGUUAAAGCUUCUACUUCAUGGUGUCCACAGUCUGUACAUUUUUUAUCAUCGUGGAGACUUUUGCAUAAUUGAUUUCUCUCUUGCCUCUUCAGGCGUUCAAUAAGAAUGUACCUCUUAUCUUUGCCAUCUGUUAAGUGUGCACAGUGAAAUUUUGCGAUAGCAAAGUUUUUCUUCUGGUAGCUGAAGUUCAGUGUUUCCUCCAAAAGUAUUUGUAAUAUCCCAUUUUUUUUUGUCUUGUCUUGUGUAUUAAUGAUCAGGUGUCAUGUUGAAGCAUUUAGGUAUGCAUUUUACUUUUUUAUUCCAAUCUUAAUUUAUUUAGGGGAAGAUAAUUUAUAAUUUUAACUUUCUCUGUAGUAGACUGAUUUAGUGACUAUCAUAGUAUGAUAAGUUGAUAGCACCUAAGGGAACCAAAAAUGGAGGAAACUUCAAAAUUUGAUUUCCUAUUCCUACUGUAUUUUGAGUAAAACUGAUGUGUUCUCAGAUCUUUUUGUGUCUCUCAAUACCUUUGAUGGUACUCAAAUUUGGUCGGUCGCUAAAGAGUUUCAAAAAGUGUAGAUUCGUGAAUAAGAUUUUGGUGCGUUUACUUCUUAUCAAAUGGACGUAUUUAUGCUAAAAAUAAUUAUCUGCAUGAGGUUUGCAUGAGAUUCUUUUAGCAUAAAUACUUCCAAAUCUGUGGUGUCUCACUUAAUUAGUCGAUUGAUUUGAAGAGAUUUGGUUACAAAAAAGAUUGUUUCCUCUUUUCCUUUCAAGAACCAAAGAGACAGUUAAAACCCUUGCAGCUUCCAGUAUGAAAAAUUGUUCACAAUCUUUCUCUUCCACAUCAGUAGCUUUAGUCUUCUACCUUUAAAAAGAAAUUUGUUCGCACUCCUGAUUAUUAUUUUGUACCUCUUUUCUUCAAGAAAGUAACUUUAUCACAAUGGGUCAGAGGCACACAUUUAUUUAGAAUUGAUUUUCAUAAAGAAUGGAAUGAAUAAAGGAAUGGUUUAACAAACUUUUUUAACCCUAAGUGACCAAGAACUCUGCUUUGAAAGUGCCAAAAAUGAGACUCAUUUGUAACAAUAUUUUUAGCCGGCUCAAGUGACGUAGCCAGGCGGGGAAAAUAGCACUCACUGAUUGUCUGAACUCAACUCCAGACAUCGCCUUGCUUUGUCAACUCGACUCUUGCCUGUUCAUCGGUCAAAUUCUGAUUAGUUUCUUCCCUUUAAAAUGAUAUUUUGAACUUUCAAUGAGCUUUUCAGUUUUUUCAAAAAAUUUAAAAUGGGGAAUUAUAAUUUGUAAUACAAUCCUGUUAAAAUUCCUCGCCACUGCCCUAUUUUUGAUAACAAAGUAAGAAUCAUCAAGUUAUUUUAUGAAUAACUACGUCUUUAAGUUUUUCAUAAAGUUAUACACUAUAAUGUAAGUCUUCGAAUGGCUGUAAAAUGUCCGGUUCCAAGUUUUACAAAUUUUUGGUUUUUCCUCCAAUUUUCUUGAUAAUGUAAUAAUAUCAAACCCCUUCAUUGAUUUGGAUUAUAGAAUAAAAGUACUAGGUGUGAAUAGUCUAUUUAAAUUAACAUCUUCACAAAAUUUACUCUUGGCGGGGCCUAAUUUCUUAUUUCCCUCUUGAGUUUCAAAGUAUUUUAAGUUGAGUUCGAAAGUUCGCAGUAGAAGUCUUCAAGUUCUUUGUAUUACUCUGUACAAUUUUCUCAACUUUUCGAGGAAUAAGUAAUCAUUGACACUUCUAAAUUCAUUGUAUAACUGAACAUCCAGCCCAUUGAAUUGAUGUGUUCGCAAGAUAAAAGGAAACAUGAAUGCAUUGAAUGUGUUAGAAAGCACUUAAGGAUCCUUCAUUGAUGUUUUCGGCAAGGAUAGGAAACCAAAACAAGCCAAGAUCCAAAAAAGAGUGCAAACCAUCUAGCUUUUAAUCAUUUAAUUUUCAAAUAAAUUUGUUGAGUAUUUAUUUUUGUAUGUUGAUGCCUAAUUUAUUUUUAUUCGAUGAAAUAAUUUUUAAUUUAUUCUUACUUUCUGUAGUUAGUUUUCCUAAGAAAAGUUGAACUGUUGUUGAUUUCAAUGUAACUAUGCCUUUUUUGCAACUAAAUUUAGUUUCGUAGUCAAACUAGUAUUCCAAUACACUCUGCCUGUAGUUAUGCAGCUGAUAAAGUCGUAAUGCAUCAGUAUUUUGAGUGUCCAUCUUUUAGUGGAUAGGUGUUUUUGUCUGGAGUAUUUUUUGGUUCUCUUGAGCUUUUUUGAAUUAUGCGCCUGGUUAUGUCGUUCUUAUUAUGAAAUUUUCAAGCAUUAUUGGAGCUACCAAACCAAAUUUAUUUUUGAAUACUUCGUAAAUCUCUGCAAAUGUUUUGGAAACAUUUAAGGUCAAUAUUCUGAGGUAAAAAACUUCAAGGUUUUUCAUUCUAUAAUAAACUGAAUAUUGAUGGAAAUUUUUUUUUUCCAAUUGAUUCUGAGUUAAAAAGUAAAAGAUAAAAAUUAAAUAGCGUUUUGUGAGCGUUGUAGCGGCAAUCUUAAUCCACAUUUUGCUAUUACAUUUUUACUGCACCACUCAUGACAAAGUGUUUCAAUUUUGUUUGUGGUAGGGAAAAAAAAGCAAUGCGAAAAGAUACUUCAUUUAUUCUCAAAAAACAAGUUGAAAACAAUUUUGUAUAAAAUAGUUUUUCAUAACUUGGGGUUUUCGGAUAGUGGUCAUUUUAGCUUGACAGCAUUCAAUUAAAACCAGGUUAUCAUCUUGCAUAAUAUUAUGUGUAAUCUUAUUAUAGAAUCAAUUGUAAGUUUAUUGCAGAUGCAACUAGAAAAUUAUCACUCUCAGAAAGCUUCCUGUAAAGAUAUCAAGAGAAUCAAGUCUCCUUUUUCUCUUUUCUUUCUUUCCUACCAUAUUUUUUUUUCCUUCUGGUUUUUCAUUUGUCUACCCUUGAAAAAAACACAGAAAUAUAACUGCGUUAUAAGAUCACCAUGCUUUAUGUUUGCCUCAAGCUUUGGUGUGAUUUUGUUCAGAUUCGCAUUUAGUCCGUCCAGGAGCGUAGAGGUUAUUUGAUGUAGUAACUGGGCAACCAAAGAAAAUCAUACUAUUGUGAAUUACUUACAUACUAUUCAUAACUACAUCAUAUACAUCAUAGCUAAUUCUGAGGGUAGUUGUAAAUAAUUAUAAGGCUACACAAACUUUUCUCUGACAAUAUGCAGCUUAUAAAACCUGUAAAUCAAUAUUAUGGACUGAUUUUUACGCAGUUCAUUGUCGAUGAGCAGUCUGUAGAAACUGAUGUUGAGCAUAUAAACUUGUAAACUGAGGUCACCUUUUCUAAGGCUAUCAAACAUAUUCUUGGUAGAAGCUAUAUUAGUGCCAUUGUGAAUUUUAUUAAAUCCAUGAUUGUGAGAUAGUAACAUUAUUCUUAAUUCUGGCUGACUUCUGUGCACCAUUUUUCUGUUCAAAAAUUUUUCUGAGCUUUUCUAUAUUUUUUAUGGAAAUAUUUUGAGCGUUGUGAAAUUUCUGAACAAAUUUUUUAACUGUAAUAGUGGGAUCUCUUGAUGAAGCCAAUAGAUUGGAUGGGGCUUAAAUUCAAUAUCUUUUGAGGAUUUCAUAAAUUAAAAAGACUUGUAGUUUUUCAAUCAUAAAAUCUUGAACUAGUAGUACCCUUUCAAUGAUAUGUAUCAGUAUGGUAUUCAGUUUUAAACAGAACUUUUCUGCCACCACUAGGGCCCUCCAAAGUCCUCCCUUUGCUUCCUGUAAGUGCCUUAGUAGCGAAUUAUUCUUUUUAAUCUUGUGUUAAGUUAAAUCCUGUUAUUUAAAGACUUCAGAACAGUAAUAUGGCAACAGCAAACUCUCAGCUACAAAGUUAUGUUUAUCCUAUUUUCAGAUAGCCAAAGAAAUGUUAUGACCAGAUUGUCAUAAUUUGUACUAAAAGCAACUUAUUUUUUCUACGUAAUGUUUUGUAGUUUACAUUUUUGUGGGAUAACUGAACGCGCUGAGUACUUCCCUCUUUCUUGGUACUUAAAUUUGAUUGAUUUGCAUUCCUUAUUAUACCGGUAACUUCAUCAUGAACAUCCCUAUUCUCCAGUUUUGAAUCGCUUGUAGAGAAAAAUUUUAAUUUUUGCUUGAAUUUUGUUUUAUUUUAAGAAAACAAUUAACUUUCCUGUGCAUCUUGUAUGAUAAAAUGAUAAAUAAAUUAAAUUUUAAACAAAA